GAGAGCGCCGCUGUUACGUUUAAAACACGCAUCGUUUGUUGAAGCAAAGCAAUAGCAAUAAACAUCGAAGCUACUCUGUUUUGACUUACACAUUUUAGAGAACAUACAACGCAUUAAGAUGGCUAAAAAUAUAUACAGCUAAAAAAACUACAGUAUGUGACACAUCAUCAGCUCACGUUAUAUGAUUUGAAAUAUUUCUCAAUAAUUUUCAAUAAUAAUUCGAGAUAUCAUGAGUCGAAUAAAGCUAGAAAAACAGAUUUCGUUUGCACCUGACUGUGAACUCGUGAGGACAGCGCCUUCCGAGCGGUUGUCCGAGAACAACCCAGAAGCCGAAGAGCCAAACUCAGAUAAUGUUGCUAAAAACGACAAUCGUUCGGCCACUAAGUUACCGGCGCUUCCCUCGGCUGUAGAGAGUCAACUGGAGAACACGAACUACGAUGUGUGGUCGCGACAACAACCUCAACCCGAGCAGAGCAGCGGCAUCACCUCUCGGCGGAAGCCAGGCGAGAAAAGUGUAGUUCGAAGAUUCGUUAGGGAAAUGCCGAAUGUGCUUCUUGACAACUAUGGUGCCAAAUUCGGAAGACCAACCACAGCAUGCAGCAGUGCCUGCCAGCACCCCUGGCUGCCCCGGACCAAACUGAGGACAGAAGAGAUCCAGGCUCAGAAGUUGGCGGGGGAACUGAGUCUGCUGCGGACCCAGAUCAAAAUAGCCCAGAAGCACCUGAACGAAGUGCGAAGACGACGGGACCAGUUACUGGAGUCAAAUAUGGCCGAACAGGAGCGCAUGGUGAAAAUGGAGGAAGGAGUUCACAAGGACGUCUCCAACCUCAUUGUAAAGUACGGGAAGUUCCGCGGGGCAGCAGAGAGUGGGCAGAAGUUGUUUGAGAUGCAGAAGCAACAGUUGGACAAAGAAGUGGAGGAGACUAAGAUAUUCGUGGAAAGGGAACUGGCAAAGGAACGGAUUGAGGUUCAAAAGGUGGAAGCCAAACUGGCGGAAGCUAAGAAGCAGCACUCCAUUCUCCUCACCUACAAAGAGGACGCAUUCUUCAGAAACAACUCAGAGAUCGAACAGCUCAAAAAUGAGAUGGUGACGUCGGCUGAGAGACAUGAGAAGCACACGAAUGACAUUCUGCAGCUGAUGGAGGAGGAGAGGGGCAAGAUGAUGCGGGAGAGGGAGGAGGGGGAGAGACGGAUGGUGGCGGACACUGCCGAGGACUACAUGGGGGAUGUGCACAGUUCUUGGACCAGGAUGGCCGAGGAGAACGGAGUCAUAAGGUUCAACAUUGAGAAACUGAAACUGGAAUGCCGACUACUGGAACAAGAGACGAGGAGUUUGAAGUCGGAUAUCAAGGAACGAGUGAAGAAACCCACUUCCAAUGUACGCAAUGUCAUUUAUCCUCAGCUUUUCAGGGCUAAAACGGUCUGUGCGCCUGAUGAUGAUGUAGUUCUGGACAUACCCACUCAAAAGACUAAUUUAGUGUUUUAACUUAGGAGUGUAUAUCAAGUUAAUGGAAUAUUUUUGCUGUUAGCUAAUUUUAAAAAAAAUGAUAAUAGUUUGCCAA